AUGGCAGACGCUAAGAAAGCGGUUUUGGGGCCGUUGGUAGGGGCAGUGGAUCAAGGGACCAGCUCAACACGUUUUUUGGUUUUCAAUCCUAAAACUGCUGAACUACUUAAUUACCAUCAAGUGGAAAUAAAACAGGAGUUCCCCAAAGAAGGAUGGGUAGAGGAAGACCCAAAGGAAAUCCUACAGUCCGUGUACGACUGUAUAGAGAAAACAUGCGAGAAACUUAAACAGCAGAGCAUUGAGUUUUCCAACAUAAAAGCUAUUGGUGUCACCAAUCAGCGAGAAACUACUGUAGUCUGGGACAAGGUAACUGGAGAACCUCUCUACAAUGCGUUGGUGUGGCUUGACCUAAGGACCCAGUCCACUGUGGAGAAACUCAACAAAAGCAUUUCAGUAAGCAAUAAUUUUGUCAAGACCAAGACAGGCCUCCCAAUCAGCACUUACUUCAGCGCGGUGAAACUUCACUGGCUCAUUGGCAACGUGAGGAAAGUCCAAAAGGCUAUUGAAGAUGGAAGAGCGCUCUUUGGAACGAUUGACUCGUGGCUUAUCUGGAACCUGACUGGAGGCGUCAAUGGAGGUGUCCACUGUACCGAUGUAAGUAACGCGAGCAGGACCAUGAUUUUCAAUAUUCAUUCUUUGCAGUGGGAUGAAGAGCUCUGCAAUUUUUUUGGAAUUCCCAUGUGCAUACUUCCCAGAAUCCGGAGCUCUUCAGAGAUCUAUGGGCUAAUGAAAACUGGGCCGUUGGAAGGUGUGCCGAUAUCCGGGUGUCUGGGGGAUCAGUCUGCUGCUUUGGUGGGGCAAAUGUGCCUCCAGGAUGGACAAGCCAAAAACACAUAUGGAACAGGUUGUUUCUUACUAUGUAACACAGGCCAAAAGUGUGUAGUUUCUGAACACGGUCUUCUGACCACAGUGGCAUACAAACUUGGCAGAGAGGAACCUGUCUAUUACGCUCUGGAAGGUUCUGUAGCUAUAGCUGGUGCUGUUGUUAGCUGGCUCAGAGACAAUAUGAAAAUUAUUAAGGCAUCAAGAGAUAUUGAAAAGCUUGCUGAACAAGUAGGCAGUUCUUAUGGCUGCUACUUUGUUCCAGCUUUUUCUGGGUUAUAUGCACCUUAUUGGGACCCCAGUGCAAGAGGGAUCAUCUGUGGACUCACUCAGUUUACCAAUAAAUGCCACAUUGCCUUUGCUGCCCUAGAAGCUGUUUGUUUCCAAGCCCGAGAGAUUUUAGAUGCCAUGAAUCGCGAUUGUGGAAUCCCGCUGAAACAUUUACAGGUAGAUGGAGGAAUGACCGAGAACAAAAUUCUUAUGCAACUGCAAGCUGACAUUCUGUGCAUUCCCGUGAUGAAACCUUCCAUGCCAGAGACAACUGCCCUGGGAGCCGCCAUGGCAGCAGGGGCAGCAGAAGGAGUUAGUGUGUGGAGUCUGGAUCCCAAGGACUUAUCAGUGGUCCAGAUGGAGAAGUUUCAACCUCGGAUCAAAGCUGAGGAAAGUGAAGUCCGUUAUUCCACAUGGAAGAAAGCUGUGAUGAAGUCAAUGGGUUGGGUUAUGACUCAGUCUUCCGAAGGUAGUCGUGACCCCAGCAUCUUUGCCAGUCUGACUCUGGGCUUUUAUGUCGUGAGUAGCAUGGUGAUAUUGAUUGGAGCAAGGUACAUCUAAGGUGUCCCCCAAAUCAGGCCACCUUGUGGAUUCCUCACGUAAGAGCUUUUUACCUAAUGAGAGACUCUAGCAGUUGUCUCAA